UGGGCUGAAAUGAGCAGCAGGCUGGCUCUCUCCUCCUCUCCUGUCAGUUCGUCAGACUCUGUCCUGGUGUGAAGAGCGUAGGUGUCGCAGUGAGGUUCCCCAUUCUGUCUAUCACCAUGGCGUGUGUUGAAACAUCCUCUAGCAGGCCAUACCACCUGGUUAUCUUCGGGGCCUCUGGAUUCACGGGACAGUUCGUGGUGGAGGAGGUGGCCCGCACUGUGUCCGAGGGUCCGAAUGGGAACCUGAAGUGGGCCGUGGCUGGCAGGAGCAAGCAGAAACUGGAAAAAGUUCUGGAGCAGGCCGCCGGAGUCCUCAGUAAGCCUGAGCUGAGGACAGAAGUGGACAUCAUCGUGGCGGACAUAGAAGAACCAGACACCCUUGCGGCCAUGUGCAAACAGGCUGUGAUUGUUCUCAACUGUGUGGGGCCUUACAGAUUCUUUGGCGAGCCAGUGAUCAAAGCCUGUGUGGAGAAUGGAGCCCACCAUAUUGACAUCAGUGGAGAGCCUCAGUUUUUGGAGAGCAUGCAGUUGAACUACGACAGCCAGGCAGCUGAGAAAGGUGUGUACAUCAUUGGGAGCUGUGGAUUUGACUCCAUUCCUGCCGAUAUGGGCGUCCUCUACACCAGGGACCAGUUCAAGGGUACACUGACCGCGGUGGAGAGCUUCCUGACUGUCGGCUCAGGACCUGAUGGCGCCUGCAUCCAUGAUGGCACUUGGCAGUCAGCCAUCUAUGGUUUUUCCGACAGCCAGAAGCUCCAGACUCUGAGGAGGAAGUUUAAUCACAAACCUCUCCCUACGGUUGGCGCCAAGCUUAAACGCAGGGGAAAUUUGUUCUUCAGUAAUGAGAUCCAGCAGUAUACGCUGCCCUUCAUGGGCUCCGAUCCCUCUGUUGUGAAGAGAACCCAGCGUUUCCUGGUGGAGGAACAUGAAGCCACACCGGUCCAGUAUGGAGCAUAUGCAGGAGUAGGAGGCCUGGGGAGCGUUGUCAAGUUGAUAUUCGCUGGAAUGAUGUUCUGGCUCUUAGUCAAGUUCAGUUUUGGACGCAACCUGCUCAUCAAGUACCCAGAGUUUUUCUCUUUCGGAUUCUUCUCCAAGGCUGGACCAACAAGAAAGCAGAUGGAGUCUUCAUCCUUCCAGUUUGCCUUCUACGGACAGGGCUACUCAGAGGACCAGGACCCCUCCCAGGGAAAACCUGACGCCAAGAUCCGAACACUGGUUCAGGGACCAGAGUGUGGAUAUGUGGCUACGCCCAUCGCCAUGGUCCAGGCUGCCCUGACUAUCCUCAAUGAAUGCAAGGCCUUGCCCAAGAAGGGGGGAGUGUACACUCCAGGAGCUGCCUUUGCAAAGACCACACUCAUCAACCGUCUCAACAAACAUGGCAUCCAGUUCUCAGUCAUCUAAACUUCGCACCCGUCUCUGAUGCCGUAUUCCAGGUUUUAGUGAGCACUUACUAACAGCAUAGCAACAUCUGUGGCGUUUCUAACUUAAAGAGAGGGCUGUUUGAUUACGAGAGGCACAACAACCACAGGUGGAAUGCACUCAUUUAAAGUCCUAACAUCGUUUUUGAUGCUGCUUUUUGCAUUUUUUUUUUUUUUUUUUUUUUUUUCAUUUAGAAAUUUCCUCCUAUUGCCUUGAAUGUACUCCGAACAUUCUGCUUGUAAAACAAACAGCACAACUGUGGUGACCAGCUGUGUGUAAAUGGAUUCAGCAUGAUCGGCCACCAAUGUGAUUAUAUCUAAUGAAAGAAAAAUUUGGGGCUGAAUUUGUUGCACUCCACGUCUUUAAACGUAGACAAUAAAUAAGAAAAUAUGUUGUGAUUUAUAUUUGUUUGUAAUUGGAUUGAAAAAAGGUUAACUGUCCUCUUUCUGGCACUGUGCUCUAUUUUAGAUAAAAAAUAUGAAGUUAAUAUGAGACCAAAGAUAGCUUGUGACAUUUUUUUUUGAGGACAGAUAAAGUUGCAUUGAACACAUAUUCUAAUGGUACUAAAAUAAGUUACUCACACAAGCACGUGGGAGUCUAUCUGGGAUUUUAACCGGCAUAAACACAAGUUUAAAAUGUCACAUUCCCUUCUGUUUUAUUACAUAGUAACAAGAUUUUCACUGUAAUGAUUUUCUGUGGCCGGGUAGAGGGUAAGUGACGGUGGUAGAAAAAAGUACUGCAGCUGUAAAAACACGUUCUAGGAAACCUGAAAAUACUGUCACCUGUAAAUGUUGAUGUUCUUUAAGUGUUCUACAGUAGCAUCAAAAGUACCAAUACAAGUACAAUACUCGGUAGCACUGACAUGAUAGUCGGACAUGCUCUGUUCUGCUUCUGUGGCGUAAAGUCGUCGAGGACAGUAAGCUGCUGUGCACUCAUACAUGCUUGUCUGUGCUGGCAUGUCGAAUAAACUCUUGACUUCCUGGCUUCUGGCGGUUACACGUUGGACUAUCACUAUCUAGGUUUACCUAGAUAGCUUAACAUUUGCUUUUGGGUCUUGUCAGACAAUGCAUUGGGCUGCCUGUGGAUCCGACGGUGUGAAACAAUGAAGAGCUUUUUGCUGCUCCUAAGGGCCAAAAUAGUUUCACACACAAAGCGAUAAUGUUGGUCUCUAUGCAGUGUUCUUUUUUUUUCCAUAUUUGAACAUAUGUGCACUUGACAGGCUGUUUUGGGGGAUUUUUGUUUUUGUGUGCUUUGCUUUGUGUGAAGGCCAUGAAUAAAGCCACCCCAGCAAACAA